UGUUAAACCCUCCCAAAACAUCGAGCCGUCGGCUCGCUCCGUCGACCGAUGCUGCUCGCGCACCGGAAACCAAGCCACCGUCUUCUCCGGCAACCGCCUUCGAAUCCGCCCCGAACCCCGCCGCCUCCCCACCGGCGCAGCCCGCCGGCGGAGGCUCCACCACCACCCUGCCACCGCCGCGUCCCUCCCCUGAACCCGGCAGCCUACGCGGGCCUCCUCCGUGCCGCGUCGAGGGCCCGGUCGCUGCAGCUGGGCAGGCUGACCCACUCUCACAUGCUCCGCGCCGGCUACCACCCGGGCCUCUUCCUGCGCAACAACCUGCUCGCGGUCUACUGCCGCUGCGGCGACAUGCGGGGCGCCCGCCUCCUGCUCGACGGAAUGCCGCGCCGAGACGCCGUGUCCUGGAACACGCUCAUCGCGGGCUACUCCAGCCUGGGAUCCACACGCCUGGCGCUCGCCGCGUUCCGGGAGGCACGGGGCAGCGGCAUCCAGGCAGACAGGUUCACCUACGCGGCGGUGCUGGCGGCGUGCGGCGGGGCCGGGGACGGGCGGAGCGGCCGGGCGGCGCACGGGCUGGCCGUGGCGAGCGGGCUCGCGCGGGACGCGUUCCUCACCAACUCCCUCAUCGACAUGUACGCCAAGUGCGGGAUGAUCGACGAGGUGAGGCUGGUGUUCGACCGGGCCGAGGAGCGGGACGAGGCCUCCUGGAACCUGCUGCUGUCGGCCUACGUGCGGAUGGGGUGGCCGGAGGUGGCGGUGCACGUGCUCGUCUGGAUGCACCGCUCGGGGGUGAAGCUCGAUAGCUUUGCUCUCGGCGGGAUCCUCAAGGCCUGCUCGGAGCUCGAGGGGUCCGAGGACCUCCGAAGGAUGCUGCACGGCUGCGUGGUGAAGGUCGGCUUGGACUUGGACAUGUUCGUCGGGAGUGCCAUGGUGGACAUGUACGCCAAGAACGGCGGGUUGGAGGAGGCGAUCAAGGUGUUUGACUGCAUGCCGAAUCAGAAUGUGGUGGUUUACGGUGCCAUGAUUGCCGGGUUUGCUCGGUUGGGUAAUGACCCAUGCCCUGAGGUCAGAAUCGAAGCGGUCAGGCUUUUCUCAAACUUGCUUCGGAUGAGGAUAAAACCGUCCAAGUUUACGUUCAAGAGCGUGCUCGAAGUGUGUAAUCUGACAGAUGCAGUGCGCUGUGGGAGGCAGAUACAUGCCCAUGUUAUAUUCAGUGGGUUUCAGGACGAUGAGUUCAUAGCAAAUGCGCUGAUCAACCUCUACUCUAAAGCACGAUCAGUAAAUGACAGUCUUAGAUGCUUCCAUAUGACACCCAAGCAAGAUGUCGUCACAUGGACAUCCAUGAUUACAGCUUUCGCGCAUGAUGAAAAUUUUGAGAAGGCACUAGACUUCUUUAUAGAAUUUCUUUCUAUUGGAAAAGAGCCAGACCAAUUCGCUUUAUCUAGUGCGAUGAAUGCCUGUGCUGCUCUUAGUCUGCCAGCAACCUGUAAGCAGUUGCACUGUUAUACGGUCAAAUCAGGACUCGAUCAGUUCACUGUUUGUGGCAAUUCUCAGAUUGCUAUGUAUAGGAAUAUAGGUGAUGUUAAGGCUUCAAAGAAGACAUUUGACCAAAUUACCAUUCUGGAUACUUACUCAUGGUCUACCAUGGUUUUGACCUAUGCCGUCCAUGGCCAUGAAAAUGAGGCUCUGGAGCUCCUCCAGAAGAUGAAGGAAUGUGGCGUCAUGAUAGAUAAUACUGCUUUUCUUGCCGCUCUUAUUGCUUGCAGCCAGCAAGGUCUGAUGGAUGAAGGUUUCAGGCAUUACGAGAGCAUGAUAUCAGAUUUUGGUUGUUCCCCAUCUGCGAAGCACAAAGCUUGCAUAGUAGACCUCCUUGGCCGUGUCGGCAAGAUGGCUGAGGCUGAAGAUUUCAUAAUGGGGUCUGGAUCAGAAAAUGACCCAAUACUCUGGCGUGCACUGUUGCGUGCUUGCAGAAUCCAUGGGGAUAAAGAGAGAGGUAUAAGAACUGGAGAGAAAUUAAUGGAUCUCGAGCCCUUUGCUGCUACCUCAUAUGUGGUGCUGUACAACCUCUACAUGGAUGCUGGCAAAGUCUCAUUGGCUAUGAGGACAAGAGGCCUAAUGAGAGAGCGGGGCGUGAGCAAGAAAACAGGGAUUAGUUGGACAGAGUCCGGAGGGUCCAUCCAUCAUUUUGCUGAUGGAGAUAGCUCCUGCCAACAGAACAAUGCAGUUCAGGCCAGAUUGGAAGACUUGCUGGUCAGGGUGAAACAGAGGACCGAGUGUGGCGGAACGGAUGUUUGGGAAUUAGGAUUCCAGAGCAGAAAGGCUGGCGAGAGCUCGCUCGGCAGACAUAGUGAACUACUGGCGGUGGCUUUUGGGCUGUCCACUUUGCCGCCUGCUGCUCCUGUAACGGUUAUGAAGAACCAGAGGAUAUCCCUGGAAAGCCAUGAAACCCUGAAGUUGCUAUCAGGGCAGGAGAAUAGGGGAAUAAUUGUCAGAGACCCGACUCAUUUUCAUCGUUUUGAUCAAGGUUCAUGCUCUUGCAGAGACUACUGGUAGUCAAAAGUGAUUUAUAACCUUUGGGACUACAGGCCUUAGAAGGGUCAGUGGAGCAGUUUGACCGUUUUUGUAGGUGAGAUCAAAACUGGUGUCUCACAGAUAACACAACUCUACAUGCAAGUAAACCAAGCCAGGGUAUCAUCAAGGAAACCCUGACAGGCUAUUGUGCUUGACUAUGCCAAACUCCAGCUGCGCAUCACUUUGCGAUCAAGAGCUGCACCCCUUGUGCUGUUCAUCUCUGAUGAAACCAUGUGAGUGCAAGCUGAAGAUGUGAAGGCAGUGCUACUUCCCUGUAUGUCAGCUAGAAGUGUAGCUUAAUCGCCUAUACUUGGGACAUUUUGUUGAGCCAAAUGUGCUGGGCUGAAGAGCUAGCAGCUGCGCCAGGGCUGAUUCCUAAAGAUCAUCUGCAGCAGAACGUACACUCUAGUCACGGUGCCGUAGAAGCUGCGGUUAGAAGUGUUCGCGUUGAGAAUGUCCUGAAGAGGGGACAUGUUAGCAUUGAGAAGUUUCUGAUGGGUAGACAAGCUGAUCGCAAUGAUGCGCUGCAUUCUAACUAUGAAAGAAGUUCGCUGUUUUUUUUCUGCACAAGCUGACAUAGGUUAGCAGGUAUAGUUACCAGAUGGUACAUUUACGCAAGCACCUAAUUUUGUUUUACAUAGGUUUUGUAGCUGGGGAAAUGUAUGUAGCCAGGACUGAAAUAUUUAUAUAUCCUUGUGCACUGUCACAGAAACCAUAUUCGGUUAACAGAAA